UAUCUCAUCAUAAAACCCUUAUCCUCUCUCUCUCUCUCUCUCUCUCUCUCUCUCUCCUGCAACUCAAGAACUUCGAUCCAAGCUCGUUAAUGGCGUCUCAGAUCUGAAACCCCGAAACUCAGACACUGUUUAAAUUUACUGUUUUAACCUUGGAGAUUUGAAGAUUUGCGAUCUGACCUAAUCGGCAAUGGCGUACUCGUUUCCAGAGGAGGUGUUAGAGCAUGUAUUCUCCUUCAUACAGCUCGACAACGACCGAAACGCCGUCUCUUUGGUGUGCAAGUCGUGGUACGAGAUUGAACGUUGGUGCAGGAGGCGGAUCUUCGUUGGGAACUGCUACGCUGUGAGCCCUAGGAUCAUUAUCAGACGGUUCCCAGAGGUCAGAUACGUGGAGCUCAAAGGGAAGCCGCAUUUCGCGGACUAUAAUCUGGUCCCUGAGGGUUGGGGAGGGUAUGUGCAUCCUUGGAUCGUUGCCAUGGCCAGGGCUUACCCUUUGUUGGAGGAGAUUCGGCUGAAACGCAUGGUCGUUACUGAUGAGACUUUGGAGUUGAUAUCGAGUUCGUUCAGCAACUUUAAGAUCCUUGUUUUGUCUUCAUGUGAGGGCUUCACUACUGAUGGAUUGGCCGCCAUUGCUGCCAAUUGCAGAAACCUCAGAGAGCUGGACUUGCAGGAGUGUGAAGUGGAUGAUCUGAGUGGGCACUGGCUUAGCCAUUUUCCUGAUACCUGCACAUCAUUGGUGUCCCUUAACAUUGCUUGCUUAGUCUCUGAGGUGAGUUUUUCUGCUCUGGAGCGCCUCGUGGCUAGGUGUCCCAACCUGAGGAGUCUUCGUCUCAACCGUGCUGUACCCCUUGAGAGGCUCCCUAAUCUACUCCGCCGAGCCCCUCAGCUGAUUGAGUUGGGGACUGGUGCCUAUUCAGCUGAUCUCCGAUCUGAUGUCUUUUCAAGCCUAACAGAAGCUUUUUCAGGAUGCAAGGUUCUCAAGGGGCUAUCUGGGUUUUGGGAUGUGGUUCCAACCUACAUUCCAGCUGUCUAUUCUAUCUGCUCUGGGAUAACUAGUCUGAAUUUAAGUUAUGCCAAUAUCCAAAGCCCUGAUCUUGCGAAACUUGUUAGCCAGUGCCAUAAUUUGCAGCGUCUAUGGGUACUGGAUUACAUUGAAGACAGUGGCCUUGGUGCCCUUGCUGCAUCUUGCAAGGAUCUGCAUGAACUGAGGGUGUUUCCUUCUGAUCCAUAUGUCCCAGAACCAAAUGUAUCCUUGACAGAACAAGGCCUUGUCUCUGUUUCAGAGGGCUGCCCUAAGCUUGAGUCAGUCCUGUACUUCUGUCGCCGAAUGUCAAAUGAUGCAUUAAUUACCAUUGCUAGGAACCGCCGUAAUCUGACUCGAUUUCGUCUUUGCAUCCUUGAGCCUCAUACUGCUGAUUACCUAACCCGGGAGCCGUUGGAUGCUGGUUUUGGAGCUAUUGUUGAGCACUGUAAGGGAUUGCGGCGCCUAUCCGUAUCUGGUCUUCUCACUGAUCGUGUGUUUGAGUACAUUGGGACCCAUGCUAAGAAGCUAGAGAUGCUAUCUAUUGCCUUUGCGGGUGAUAGUGAUUUGGGCCUCCAUCACGUGCUGUCUGGUUGUGAAAGCCUGAAGAAACUGGAGAUUAGAGAUUGCCCCUUUGGAGACAAGGCUCUCUUGGACAAUGCUGCGAAGCUGCAGACAAUGCGAUCCCUUUGGAUGUCCUCUUGCCUAGUAACUUAUGGAGCAUGUAAACUGCUAGGUCAGAAGAUGCCUAGGCUUAACGUUGAAGUUAUCGAUGAGAGGGGAUCCCCAGAUUCAAGGCCGGAAAAUUGCCCUGUCGAGAAGCUUUACAUAUAUAGGUCAACUGCGGGGCCAAGGCUUGACAUGCCUGGUUUUGUGUGGACAAUGGGUGCUAACAUGCUGCAUUGAGACUGUCAUGAGUUUUCUUGAGAGACCUUGGGUCUCAUCAAUGAUUAUAGCAGGUAUAUCCCCUAUAUAUAUGCUACUCAUCAUUUCGAUUUGUUUAAUUUAAUGAGGCUUUAUAUAGUUGCAGUGCCAAUUGAAGUGGGAACAAGUUAUUUGAGGGUAUAGAGAGGCUUGAGAGCUCGUCUGCCAUCUAUUUUACACUUGGCUGAGCUAUUUGUUGCGAUUAAUAAUGAGGAUAACCCCCCUGUUAUUGUAAUGUGUAUCGACUAGAGUUGUCAUUCAGUUUGGAUUAGUUAACCAUGUAUGCUAUAUGUGGACUCUUGCAUGUCUAUACGGUUUGGUUUGGUUUGGUUUGGUUUGAGUUGGUUGCACCGGAAAUGUUGAACUUCUUGACUCAGUGUGAAGUUAUCAUUUGUCUUUUGGAAUAAUGAAAUUUAUGUUUUCCACUUUUAUCCAAGAACAAGAAAAAAAAGUUAAUGUUUGUCAUGCA